AAUGCGCGCUAUUGGAUUAGCAAAUGAGUUCGCGCGCCGGCAGUCAGCACCGGACUUGUGAUGCAGCCGCACGGAAACCUCUCCGCCAGCUGUCUCUGGCAGCCGGGCGAGCUGGCGCGUCGCAUGUUGGGCGAGCGCCCCGCGCCCGUUCCGCCCACGCGGGACCUCUGGCCCAAGCCGGAGCAUCCCAUGAGCAUUAGUACCCUGCACGUCGCCUAUCUGCAAGACGAACCGCCGCCGAGACGUGCCUCCUCGCUCCAGGAACAACCUUACCUUCCAACCACGGUGGAAGAUGACUGCGAAUACAGGCCGCGCCUGUGCACCAUCGGUACGAAUACCGACCCGCCGCCAACAAUAUUCGAUAGACUCCGACAAAUCAUAAAAAAACAACACAUUGACCCGGUCGAAAGCUCGCCGCCCGGAAGACUUAGGAUAGUGGCGCGAGACGAAGCUUUAGAAAUAAAAGACGAGGAGAAUGCGGCUCAGAGAGCAUUGCGAGGAAUCAAGAAAGCGAUUUCUGGUGCAAAGUGCCGCAUCACUCCCGGAUCAGAGAGCGUGGAGAGUCCUAAAAUUGUGUUCGAUACGCCAAAACCUGGGGAUAGGAUGAUGACUACGUUUGGCGCUCGCCCGAGAAGACGGUGGUGCCGGGUUCCCUCGCGGUACGAGAUUGUGCGGCGGCUGCGGGAGCUGGGCGCCUGCUGCGCGCGAGCGCCGCGCCCCCCGCCGCGUCGCACUCCCCAGCCGCCUCUGCAGAUUACUCAGGUGUAGCUCGGGAAUCACACACGCUGCAAACAGACGCUAUAGUGUUACAGUUGGAACGCUAUUUAUUAUUUGUGUAGAAGCGAUGGCAGUAGCGCGUCGGCUAAUAAAUUCAUG